GCAAAUAUUCAGAACACUCAGAAUGAUAUCCUACUCUACAUAGGACUCACCGUAGCCAUCUUCUUAGUCUGUUUCUUGUCGUUUUUCGUCAUCAAAAUUUACCGCAAGAAAGGGCAGCACCAGAGUCUCUACAAUAUGGCCUCCAAUGAUUACCAUCCGGAAUUUUUUCCUGACCCCGACAAGAAGUCGCUAUCGCUGCAGCCGGAUCUCACGCAGACCGUACCCCCCUGCUACGAGUACCCUUACACGACCCCCUCGGCCACCAGUGUCACCAGAUCCGUCUCCGAACACCACUACGACGUGCCGCAUCUGACUUCCGGCAGCGACAUCCAGAUGUCGCCUGCCACCAGUUCCACUUUAGGUUCUUCCAGCGGCAAACGCAGCCAGAUGAGCGGACUCACCAACAACUCUGAUUCGACCUACGAAGUGGCCACCGACACUGUGACCAUCCCGAUUGCUCCUCUCCCCACCGCUUACGCCGUGACCCCCACCACUGGUGGCAACUACACCAGCGCCACGCUCAGCCAUGCGGGCGGCUGUCUCAACCUACCGGAGUCGAACGUCAGCCUUUUAGUGCCCGAAGGCGCCUUAUCCAGGUCCCGCAAGCAAGAGCUCUUCCUCUCCAUCCUCAACGAGGACUGCUUCAGGCCCAAAUUAGCCGAAGGGCUAACCCAGCUGGGCCCUGUAGUCUCCUGUGGGCCUAACGUCAGCCUCAACAAGGCCGUGGUGCUCAAGGUACCUCACUGUGCUGAGGUCACGAGGAACAACUGGUCGAUCUCGGUGCUGCAGAGCGAUUGCAGCGACUCCCAGUGGCAGAAUGCGGUGACCUUGGGCCAGGAGACCAUCAACACGUUGGUGUUUUGCCAGCUGGACAAGCAGGCUGCGUACCUGGUGACUGAUUGUCUGGCUAGGUUCGUUAUCGUGGGCAGAUCGCUGAACGGCUGCGCCAUCAAAAGGUUGAAGCUGGCUAUCUUCGCGCCGAAGCUUUGCUUCCAAACCUCGGGGGACUACAACGUCAGGGUGUACAUCCUGGAGGACACCGACAGCUCCAUGGAGACUGUCUUCGGCCAGGAGAAACGCCUGGGCGGGUUCCUCUUGGACGAACCCAGAACCAUAACCUUCCAGGACGGCAACAACAACCUGUGCCUGGCUCUGGACAACAUCAGCGAAGGUUGGAGGGCGAAGCCGGCUUCCAAUUAUCAGGAGAUUCCGUUCAGGCACCUGUGGCAGGCCAACAGCAACAGCUUGCAUUGCUCGUUCACCUUGGAGAAUUUGGGGUUGAACAGGGAGUUGAGCUUCAAGCUGCGGGUGAACCAGAAGGGCUUCGACUAUGUCCAGGUGUUCGAUAUCACCUGCGGGGACGACGGCUCCGAAGCUGUGGAGAAAACCAGCUCGGGCAAGUUCAACCACAACGAAUUCGUGCCGAAGCUGAGCGAGACCUCAAGGUCCACAGACAGCAGGAAGAGUGCCAAAAAGUUGGAGGCAAAGAACUUGAUAGUCACCGAUCGAGGCGUUUCGACCUGCGACGACUUCAACUUCAGGCUCGGUAAACAGCUGAGGAAGCAACUGUGUCACUGCUUGGAUCCGCCCACUUCUCGGGGCAACGAUUGGCGAAUGUUGGCGCACGCGCUAGGCGUCGACAGGUACAUAAACUUUUUCGCCACUAAGCCUUCGCCUACUGACUGCAUUCUGGACUUGUGGGAAGCCAGAAAUAGGGAUAGCGAUGCGUUGGCAGAACUGAAGAGGAUGUUCGCCGAUAUGGACAGGUUCGAUGCGGUGGACGUGUUGGACAGUUGUCUGGGUCCCAAUUGGCUGUAACUUUUUUUUUCGUGUGUAUAUAUCGAGAUGCUGAUAGACUGGAUCGAAAAAUCGGCCGAGACUGCUAUUGUUCCGGAAAGCAUCAACGCGUUUUAGAGUCAUUUUUAGAGGGUGUUUCUCAUAUACGGAAAUGUUUACUGUUCUAAUUUGAAACGACCUUCUAUUUCCUAAGUGCAUUCAGUCUCGUAGGUCAAGUCAAAUCAAAAUAUACUUGCAUGAAUGGGGAAGUUUUAUGUCCACGCUGUACAUAAUGGCGACCGAUAAAGUCCAACUCGUUUUCGUUUUCAAAUUAAAGCAAUUUCUAAUUUUCGGGGCGGAAAACUGUGACGUAAAUUCUGAAUUUUAGUCUGAAAAUAGCUGAUGGUAAGUGGGACACACUGUAUAGCUAGCGAAUAGCUAACGAAUGAAAAAAUAGAAGAAGAAGUAAAACUGGUAAACAAAAACAUACAUAACCACAAAUGCACUCGGAGCAGGAAUGCAGAGGGUAGUUGGCUUCAUUCUGACAUUUUAUGGUUUUGUUAUUUAUGCUUUGAAAUAUCUCGAAUAGACCUCGAUCCUAAACGAAAUUAUCAUUGAAUCAAUGUAUCAUUAUCGGUUACAUUCAAUGAUACUAUAUCCUUCCUAAUUUACUGCCAUCGGUCAGAAGAGAAUGAAGCCGACACCCAUGGCUCCUUCCUCUUGAUGUGCCUGUCAGUAUUUUGAGUGGUGUGGACGGACUCGAAGUAUUAAGCGCUGUUGCAAGAUAUAAUCUGCAACUUUCCUAGAAAAUAGAUCCGUUUUAUUAAGGAACGAAUUCAUUAGUAAAAAAUUACUGACAAGUAAAAAAAACUACAGGCUGUCACUUAUUGUCUCCUAUGUAACCCGGUAUUUUCCAAAUUGCUUGCCAAAUGUAGGUGAAUACAUUGAAACGUUGACGUUUGUCAAGAAUUUCCAGGAAAAAUAAUUAUCUCCUUGCUUGCGUAUUUAUUCCACAGUCAAAGUUAUCACCCUGUAUACAGGGUGUCUCUUUAUACGAAUGAUUUCUGGGUUAUUAGAGGGUGUCGCUAGGGCAUCAAGUUCGUGAAUUCUGAUUGGGAAAUGGAGAAACUAUUCCGCGUGAUGCUUUCUGAAACAUUUUUUUUUUGGUCGAAUUUAUGCCGCUUUAUUUAAAAAUUGCUUUCACAAAUUUAUAUUUAUGUAAAAAUAGAGGUAUUUUAUUGUAAGUUGUUAUUAUGUGAAUUAUUGUCUCUCGACUGGGAAUGAUUCUGAUUGGACCACGAUCCAAAUAUUUGUGCAAUUAUUAUACAAGGUGAUUUUCUGACAUGGACCCACUCCGGAUAUCUCCGAAAAUAAGACAGUAAUUAAAAAUUGCCGAAGUAAAUCGGUUGUUAUCGAGAGGGGUACAUUUAUUGACGUAUAGCUGAAAUCCGUAUUUCUCACCACCCAUCACAAUUUUUUUCUGUGAAAGUAGUGAAAAUUCUUGAAUCUCUCUUUAUUAUUUGUUCAAAAUAUCAUCAGAACGAAUAUUCUCAACAAGAUAUUAUUGCUUAUUACUAAAUAUUCUGUGUACUCUCAAAUAACAUAAUAUAGGGUGUGCAUAUGGAGUAUGGAAUAAAUUUUUUUCCCUUGCCAAAACAUUGCGAAAAAAUCAUCGGGUAGUUCGAUUUUAAUUUCUGAUUGCACCAACAAUAUUCGGAACUCAUCAGAAAUGGAUAUUUUCGAAUAUUUUCCGGUUUGGAUGGUAAUGAAUUCAUGCCAUACUUUAUUCACGCCCUGUAUACUUACUUAAACUUUGAUAUUCUAUUCCCCGUUGACAAUAUUCGUCCACUCGUUAUAUAGGGCACUAAUAAUCGGAGCAAAGUAUAUAGUGUAAUUGCAGGACCAAUGAAACGGUCGAAAAAAAAAAAGUUUGAAUUUGUAUAGAUUGAAAAUUGUUGACUAUUUCCGGUACGACUGACUGUCUAAAUAUUAUGUCAAAGAGUAGAUAUCGGCCUAAGUUUCCUCUCAAUUAGAUGAUUGGUUCAAAUUCUAUUCAUGCAUUUUGGAAUUAAAACUGAGAAUUUCAUCAAACCGACUUGUACUAUACUUUUAGAAUUUGAGUUUCAACGUACUACAUAUGACAAAAGAUCGAAACGAAAUUAGAAAUGUAGAGUUUUAUACCCAAAGGUGAAUCAAAAGUAGUUUUCUAGAUAUUUUAGAAAAAAAAAUGUUUUGUACAAAAGGAUGAUAUUCAUGUAACUAUAUUAUAGAAACAGUUCCACGUUGAUAUGUACUAAGUAUGUAUUAGUAAAUAUAUAAUAACGAUGUAUAUAAUGAUAUGGUCAAUAUACGGACGAUUUUUUUACA